GGCUUCCUUAGCAACCGGCCGAGUACCGGGGGCGCGGAGCGCGCCUGGAGCACUGGGGACGUGGGGGGUUGAUACCGUCUAAAAAAUGAGUCAGUUAUACAAUAGCAUUGAGCCAAACGUUAUUGAUGAUGAAAUGGUUCAGAAAGCCGUUGAAGAGCUGUAUCCAGAGGACAUAAGAAAGCUUGCCAAAAGGGAAGGUAUUAACUUUAAAGAUGUGACAGAGCUACAGCUUAGUUUUAGAAAUAUUCUGCAGAUUGAUAAUCUGUGGCAGUUUGAGAAUCUGACUAAACUGCAGCUGGACAACAAUAUUAUUGAGAAGAUAGAAGCUCUGGAGAGUCUAGUUCACCUUGUAUGGCUUGACUUGUCCUUCAACAAUAUUGAAGUAAUUGAGGGCCUGGAUACCCUUGUCAAACUGCAGGACCUCAGUCUCUACAAUAACAGAAUAUCUAAAAUUGAGCACAUGGACACUCUGCAAGAGCUGCAGAUUUUCUCCAUAGGAAAGAAUAACCUGACCACUCUGGAAGAUGUGAUCUACCUCAGGAGGUUUAAAAACUUACGGACGCUGAAUCUCACUGGGAACCCUUUCUGUGACGAUGAGCAGUAUAUGCUGUUUGUUGUUGCUCAUCUUCCAGACCUGGUAUACUUGGACUUCAAGCUCGUGAGUGACACCACGCGAGAAAUUGCUGUUUUAAAGUAUCAAGAUCUUACCAAGCCGUUGGAACGUAAGGAGGCUCGGGCCCUGGCUCAGCUGGAGGAAAACCAGGCAAAGCAGAAAGAGCUGGAGUACCACAAGACAGCCUUUGUUGAAUACCUGAAUGGAUCAUUCCUGUUUGACAGUAUGUAUGCAGAGGAUACAGAAGCUGCCAAACUGGCUUACCUCCCUGGAGUGAGUGACCUGCUGCAGACGUACAGGGAGGAGUUUGUCUCAGUUUGCGAGAAUCUAUUUAACUAUGGUCUGAAAGAGUAUGAAAAACGAGAAGCUGAAGUCUCUGAUUUCUAUGAAAGCCUUCAUGAAGCGUUAACAGCCAACCAGCAAGAAGGCAGGAAAAUAAUCCUAGACUUCGAAAAUCGGAACAAAAGGAGGCUGGAUGAGAUUCAUAAUGCCAGUAGUUACGAUAUUGCUGAGUCUAAACGAGCCGAGUACAAGGAGGACAUACUUCAGCUGUCAGAAGCGCUCAUGACCUUGGAAAUGCUGAUAGCUGACCAGCUGGAGGAACUAAUAAAGGAGUUUAAAGGAAACAUUGCUGUCAUAGCAUCAACAUUCAUUGAAAACGUGAAGGGAAUAAUGACCCAGUGUCGGGACCUGGAAAAUCGUCACCAUGAAAAGCUGCUAGAAAUCUCCAUCACCGCGCUGGAGAAAUCAGCCAAGAAUGGGUUUGAGGAGGAUUUGCCAGAUGAUGUUCGAAUGCUUCUCGUGGACAAAGCAACCAUUGUCAACACAGUCAACACGUCCCAUGGCAUCCGCCUGCUGAAGAUUGAUAAGCGAGAGUGCGACAUCCUCAGCAACACCUACCGCUGGCAGGUCUCCGUGACAGAGAAGGCUUUCCAAAAUGAGAUUGACAGAAACCGCGACCGCGUCAAAGAGAUUGUUCAGUACAUCGACAGUCUCCAGGAGGAGCUGGCUAACCUAGAGAUCCUGGAGCCGAUGGAGUAGCUCUGCACGGGCUGGGCAGCUGCCUUAGCCUGGGGCACGCAGGCCAGCCCCCAGCGGCAGCACACCCAGCAGGGACGGCUGCCCCUCUGUGCCUGAGCAGUCCGGGACAUUUCAGGCCAAAGGCAUACUUCUUCCAUCCCACCAUAAACUGCAAA